UGUCCGUCAGUGAAACUUGGGAAGGUGGCGAUGGCGGUGCGGGGCCGUCCUGUGUUGUUGUCGUGAAAGCUCUGAGCAGUGUGUGUGUGUCUUCUUUCGGUCCAAGGGAGUGCAGAGGAACCCGUUUCAAAAUGAAUAUAUUAAAGAGAGGAAUGGUGUUUUUGACAUUCUUUGGCUGCUGUUUCGCUAUAGCUUUGAUGGCUGCGGCGAUGAGCACAAAGUACUGGAUGGAGGCUAAGGCCGUCCAGAAGAGGAUUAAUUCGGAUACCACCUUCGAGAUUCGGCCGAACUCCACCGGCCACAUCCACUUCGGCCUCUUCAAGGGCAAGAAGUCCCUCAACGUCGGCUUCGGGAUGAGAGUUCACCCCUUCGACGGUGAGUAAACAAUUCCUCGGCCGGAGACUUCGAUGCCAAAAUGGUUCGUCCGUUUUUCCGAGUCUCGUGUCCAGCAGGUAUGCGAGGAUCCGAUGCCUUGUCCUCGGGCGAUUCCUACACGAGGGGCAGUGUCGUCCCCAGCGCUAUCGCCCGAACCCGAGGCCCGGUCCGUGUGUUUAUCCUUUGUAUUGAUUUUUGUGUGAGUCAGACUGAGUGCAUGCGGGGCCGCGGGCGCAUGACGGGCGCGUCCUGGGACACACCGCGUUACGUCGAGGCGCGGUCGUGCCGUUGCUCUCCUCGACGGCGACUCAGCCUUCAGUGCACGGCAGAGGGAAAACAUGAACGGGGGGUUUAUCAC